AUGCCUGAGGUUGCAAAAAUGGCGCGAAGAUACCAGGAUUCAUGGAUAGAAAUUCACAGUCAUUCUGCCCGCAAUUCAGAAAAGGCUGAUGCUGCGGAAGAAAUUUUAAAAAAGGUUAUAGAAUUUUGUAUGCAACACGUCAGGGCAUCAGAUCAACUAGCAAAGGAAGUCAGAGAUCUGAAAGUCUUGGACAAGAAUUUGGAAGAAAUGUUAACUGUGUCAGAUAAUAUACAGAGAAAACUUGUGGGAUUAGAGAAGAUGAUUGAAGAAUUAGAGGAUGAAAAUGAGAUCUUGUCUUUGGCAGACUGGAAGAAGUCUAAAGCGUUGGAGCUAGACACGUAUAUGGAGUCCAAAAGAAAGCAACUAUGGGACAAAGCCGAGUUAUUGUCUAUCAGGAGUCAGCAGUUCCAAAAAGAGGAAGCUGCGCGGAAAUUGCGACUGUAUCAGAACCAAUUCGAGACAGAUAUGGCCCAGUUCCGAAAAACACAGGAGGAACGUGAGCAGGAGCUGUGGAUGAUUGCAGAAGCAGAAGCAGAAGGUCGAGCAAGGAUACCCAGCAAACCAAGCACUGACAAUAAACAAAUUCAUGUCAGCAACAAUAACACUCAUAACUCAAGUAUGGGUACUAGCAUUGACCUAUUCUUGACGCAGCACGAGGAGGAGUGGCGUGAAAAGGAAGAUCUGGAUAGAUUUCUUGGCCCAUCUACGGAGAGCGACUCGAAAGACGACAACAACGAGAAUGAGAGCGAAGAUGAUGACAGCGAAGAGGACGGGGAUAAUAAUGAUAGUGUUAAUGAUGACGGUGAAAGUGAAUACGAAGAGAAUAGUGAGGAUAGUGAGGAUAGUGAGGAUAGCGAAGAUAGCGAGGAGGAUCUGGACCCUAUUGCUAAAGCAAGGAGAGCACGAGCCACUACUCAGGGGAACAUUACAGGGACUGGUUUCAGAAAAGUUAAAGACUCAACUGCAGGUUCAACGAUAUCGACCUUUUCUGCUCUUGGCAACCAUCCUUCAACAACUCACUUGCCCAAAACAUGA